CUUUUCCUUCAUCUUCUUGCGGUUGGCUGGCAUACACACCCAGCCUCCCUCCCUCACACCACUCUCCCUCGUUAUAUUAUAUUUGCUCCGCAUUCUGCGUCGAGCCUUUUGUCGACUGUCAUGCCCGCCCCAGUACAACCACCCUCAGAGACCCAUCACGACUCCCAUUCGUACGGGAAACAACCGAACGCUAACGCGCUUCACCGCGAUGCACUUCUCCAAGCAUUGGGGACUAUCCUCUCCCCAAAACGACCAGCUCUAACUGGAAGGUCUUCUUCGACAUCUACAGUCGAGUCGUCACGCUCUUCAUCGGGCACAGCAAGUCCAGCCCAUGGCCAUCAUCCAACGCAGCCUCAUCCGCACUCACCACUGGCUGAGAUGCCAACUACGCUACCUAUGACUGAGGAGUCGACUACCACUCCCCCAGCACCUCCCAACACUCCAAUUGCAGCACCACGCGCCAAAAUCAUAGACUCGCUCAAGAGUAAGAAUGGCGCCUGGGAUGCCCUGAUUCAUGGCUCUUUCUCAUGA